UCUCUCUCUCGGACUGAAGUUGAGCUUUUGGAUUGUUUUCCUCUGUUUGGAUUGUAACUUUUUCUUUUGCAGGAUCAAACUGGACUCUUCUCGACAUUCCCUGUUUUUCUUUUUUUUUUAAAUCUUUUUCUGACUGACGCGGCUGUGUGCCGUCUGGCGCUCCGGUAACCCUCCCGGUAACCCCCCUCCCUGCCCCGGAACCCAGCCUGGACCGAGGCUCUGCUGGGUUCUGGUCCGGGUCCGCAGGAUGCGGACCCUGGUCCUUCUGUCCUGGUUCUGGAUGUGGACGAGGAGCCAACGUUUGGACCACCACAGCUGGAUGGAGCAGGUGGACUCGUCCAAUGGUCUCUGUCGUCAUGGGAACAGCGUGGAGUGCUGCUGGGGCUGGAGACAGACGGACUGGGGACGGUGUCAGCCUCUUUGUCAGGAGGGAUGUAAACAUGGAGAGUGUGUUGGACCGGACAGAUGCAGAUGUCACCCGGGAUACACCGGAAAGACGUGUAACCAAGAUCUGAAUGAGUGUGGUCUGAAGCCUCGGCCCUGUAAGCACCGCUGCAUGAACACACUGGGCAGCUUCAAGUGUUACUGUCCCAACGGAUACACACUCCAGCCCGACGGCAGCUGUCGCAAUGCCCAGACCUGUUUCCAUGCCAACUGCCAGUACGGCUGUGAGGUGGCGAAGGGUUCGGUCCGCUGCACCUGUCCGUCUCCGGGGUUACGGCUCGGCCCGGACAGACGCACCUGUGUCGACAUUGACGAGUGUGCGUCGGGCCGGGGGGCGUGUCCUCGCCGCAGGAAGUGUGUGAACACGUUUGGGAGCUUCCUGUGCAGGUGUCACCUGGGAUUCAAACUGACGUACAUCAACGGGCGGUACAGCUGCAUCGAUAAAGACACUCGGCUGUUCUGUUCUCUCAAUCCAUCGUCUCCAAAGUGUCGCUGCAAAGAUGGAAGAUGUCAAGCCAUCCUGAAAGUGGAUGUGGAACCACCGAGGCCGAGAACUCCAGCUGGCACCUCCCCCACCCCCACUGUCACCAUGGCAACUGUGACUACUGUACCUAUUCCAACCACAAAAAUCACUACGAUUCACAUGGCGACCACCAUUCCCAUGACAACCACUGUUCCUACAAGAUCCACUGUUCACAUGACGACCAUCGUUCCCACGACAACCACUGUUCUCACGACGACCACUGUUUCCAUGACAACCACUGUUCCCACGACGACCACUGUUCCCAUGACAACCACUGUUCCCAAGACGACCACUGUCCCCAUGACAACCACUGUUCCCACGACAACCACUGUUCCCAUGACAACCACUGUUCCCACAACGACCACCGUUCCCAUGACAACCACUGUUCCCAUGACAACCACUGUUCCCAAGACGACCACUGUUCCCAUGACAACCACUGUUCCCACGACAACCACUGUUCCCAUGACAACCACUGUUCCCACGACGACCACCGUUCCCACGACGACCUCUGUUUUCACAACAACCACUGUUGCCACGACGACCACUGUUCCAACAACAACUACUGUUCCCAUGACGACCACUGUGCCCACAACAACUACUGUACCUAUGACGACCAUCGUUCCCACGACAACCACUGUUCCCACAACAACCACCGUUGUCAAGACAGUCACUGUUCCCACGACAACCAUUAUUCCCAUGACGACCACUGUUUCCACGACAACCACGGUUCCCACGAAAACUGCGACUGCCACGACACUAAUGGUUCCAACAACCGUCGCCAAGACAACAACUUCCCCAGCUGUAGCGGUUACCAUGACAACCGUGAAGACACCCACAACUGUGAUGGAAACGACGACUCUUAACAACAAGAUCAACAAAGACGUGACAUACAGGCAGAGAGGAGAUGUACACAUCCCUCGACAUCCGUCUCAAAACCAGGUCUGGGAGUUUGACAUCGAGCUGGGAAACACGGCGGAGGACGCGAGAGACGACCCAGAGGUGGACGCUCUGACCUGUGGCUUUGAUCAGGGACUCUGUGAUUGGACGUCUGACAGAGACGGAGACGUCCACUGGGAGACGGUGGACAGUCCUGCAGGAGGACGCUUCCUGUCCGUCCCGGAGCUGAAGGCGGGACAGAGGAGCGUCCGUGGUGCUCGAUUGGUCGUCCAGGUCGUCCCGCCCUGGAGCCACGGCGAGCUGUGCCUCUCCUUCUCCCAUUGGCUGACGGGGCGUCAGGUGGGCGUGUUGCAGCUGUUCGUCAGGAGGACAGGACGAGACCGAAGGUAUGGCUCCGCCCUCUGGAGCAGGACAGGUGGACAUGGCUGGAGGCGCACAACAGUUACCAUGGCAACGCACUCUGUGGACCGGGUGCUGCUGAAAGCUGAGCGCCGGAUUGGACGACACGGGCAGAUCGCAAUUGAUGACGUCACACUGAGACGGGGGCCGUGCUGACGUUUUCAGUUUCUCAGUGUGUUAUCGUGUGUGUGUGUGUGUGUGUGUGUGUGUGUGUGUGUGUGUGUGCAUGCAUGUGUGUGUGUGUGUGUUCAGGUGCUUCAAGCAGGAACUUCAUAGUGUUUAAAGAGCUGCUGUUUGUCGAGAAACUAGUUUCACUGUCUUUUAUUUUGAAAAUGUCGUCACUGAACCCCAAAAAAUCAGUUUUCAAAAUAAAAGAUUAUUUCUAACGACUGUU